CGCUUUCCGAUUUUUAAUCUUCGGAUCAGAUAAGAUCUUCACCUUGUGUGAUGGAUCGGUGAUAUGGUUUGUGGUUUCAGCUAUGCUUUUAAUCUUCAUUCUCAUUCAUUACAUCACUUUAGCCUCAGCGAGAGCCAGUUUACAACAAGAUGAAUACUGCUUCGUAGCUUGUCAGCAGAUCCUUCGGGGUGUGCGGUUCAACAACACAGCUCCGAAGACCGGACAACCAUGGCCGGCUUGUGGGAACGAACUGGAGUUUACAUCUUUGUACUUGUGCAACAAACUGUAUUGUACGGAUGAUGAACGGAGGAGGGGAAUCGAUGGCUUGAAUGAGAGAUGUCGGAGAUUUUACAAUGCUACGGCUCCGCCCUAUUCUCUCAUUGAUGGGUUCACGGGUGAUGAAAUUUUGGAGCUUCAUCAUCUGGAGGUUGGAGAAUUGAAUAGAGAGGCGCCGAGUAUUCAUAACGAAGUUCUUGUGCCAUCGAAAGAGCUUUAUGGCCUCGCCUGGGAUACAUUGGUAAUUCUCCAGAUCACCUCAAAAUGGCUUUGCUGACCUUGAUUGAAGGAUGCUGCUUAUUUUGAGUUGGAUAUUCAUAUAAUAUAUGGCUUUGCUAUGUAUUAUUUCUGGGUGGCGGUCGUUUCUAUUGGUGUAAUAUCACGUUUGAUACGACUGGGUCUCAAUUCUAUGAGCCCCAUGCAAGCAUGGCAAGAAAUCCCUAGUGAUCCUCACAUCGAAAACUCAGUCGCAAAGCGAAUAUAUCAUCCCUAUACUAUGCUGAAAAGAUACAUAACUGUACCAGCAACAUUCGGUUUUACGCACGCCCAGAACAUCAAAUGGUGCACGGUACCUACCCGCAUCCAAAGUAUUGCUAUUGCUGCUUUUGUCAUUUCCAACAUCGUUCUUUGCUCAGUCAGUUAUCAUGUUUUUGAAGACAAUUUAUAGUAAGCCUUUUACCUCGGUCAUAAAAUGUACCUAAAGUUUAUAGCUGGCCAAAUGUUUCGACGCAAGUUUGGAGAUAUGUUGCCGAUAGAACUGGGAUCAUUUCAACCGCAAAUCUUGCUCUCAUUUGGGCUUUUGGAAUCAGAAAUAAUACUCUACUUUGGUUAACUGGCUGGAAUUUUGCUACCUACAACAACUUUCAUCGAUGGGUUGCGAGAGUUGCGACGGUUGAAGCCGUCGUGCAUUCCGUUGCUUACACAGUCUUAAUUUUUGAGAGUAUGCUAUAUAACAGACCUUUUGCUUUCCUUAAGUGGGGGUAGCCUUUUUGUAGGCCUUUUUCAUCAUUCAAAUAGCUGACAGUAGUUAGAUGGAACCUGGUCAGCAGCAUGGCAAGUCUACGCUGAUUAUUACCAAAGUCGGUGGUUUGUUGCUGGCGUUUUGGUAAGUUUAUUCGGCCCACCAUGAUGAGUCUCUGACACAAUGUAUAGGCAACAGUUUUUAUGGUGGGAGUAUGCGCCUUCUCAGUUUAUCCAUUACGCCGCAAGCUUUAUGAGAUAUUUCUGUUCUUGCAUAUCGUUCUAUCAAUUUUAAUUCUAGCGACAAUGUGGUAGUAAGUUAUUGCCCAUCCAACCCCUAAUGUAAUCUCAGGCUAAUAUUUUCCAGCCAUGUGGAGAUCUUUAAUGGAGAUUACAGUGGUUUCAUAUGGCCUUGCGUAUUCAUCUGGACUUUUGAUCGACUCUCACGAAUCGCUCGAAUGCUUCUAUUUAACCGAAGAUUUUGGAACACACAGGCACAAGUCACCUAUGAUUCCACAUCCAAUAUCAUCCGCCUUGUCGUUCCAUACUCAACAUCAUUCAUCAAACCUCCACCCGGAACAUUCUACUUCAUAAGCGUCCUAAACGACAGAAUUUGGGAAAGCCAUCCCUUCACACUCAGCUAUUCGACUUCCAAUGACACCUCCUCACCUUCUUCAUCUCUUGGAACAAUAACACCUCCUUCUAGGCCCUCAAGCCUCUCCAGAUCAAGAGGAAACUCUUCAGAAUCUCAAACCCUCCUUUCACCAUCCCAAUCCGAAACACCACCCGCCUCAAUGGUCUUCAUAAUUCGUCCCUAUAAUGGCUUCACAUCCCGCCUGCGGAGCCAUGCAAACUCAUCUUCAACGCGUGUACUGAUCGAAGGGCCUUAUGGGGAAACACAGCCUUUUGAGAAGUACCGAAAUGUCCUCUUCAUAGUAGGCGGGACUGGUAUUGCUGUUCCUCUUUCUUACAUGGAUACUCUUUUAAAGUCUUCCUCUACAACCUCAAUCAAAGUCAUAUGGGCAGUACGAGAGCAUCAAUUUUUGCAUGAUGCUAUAAUAAGAGAUUUCAGAGGUGCGAUUGGGAGUGAGAAAUUGAGUCUGGAGGCAUAUAUCACUAAUGAUAGUGGAGUUGAAGAGAUAAAAGAUGAUCUCGGAUUGAAGGUUCGUAUUGGGAGGCCUGAUGUUUUUCAAGAGGUUGAAGAAGCUGCUCGAGAGUCUGGGGGAAGGCCAUUGGCAGUUGUUGCUUGUGGACCAGGGCUGAUGGCUGAUGAGACUAGGAGGGCUUUUGUGCAGAUGUUGGAGAGGGGAUAUGGGAAUGUGGAGUAUUUUGAGGAGAGCUUUAACUGGUGAAGGGUAAUUUUUUAGUGAUUUUCAUCGGAUUUAAACCGUGCCUCGGAGAUUAUUUAAUGUUAAACGGAAAUCUGGUACAGAAG